CCAGGCAGCACCGCCUACCCGAGGCGGGAGGCUGGGAGGCUCCGGCGGCGGCUCCCGGCGAUGUGGCUCCCCGGCGGGACGCCGCCAGCCCCGUUCUUCCUCGCCCUCUGCGUCUGGAGGCUGGUGCCGCGCCGGGCCGCCGCAGGAACAGAGGAAGUGGUCUUUGGGAAGGUGGGAGGAAGCAUCCUUCUUUUAUGCCGAAAUGUCUCCAAAGAAGCAACCGAAGUGGUUUGGUUUCAGGGGGAUCCGCACUCUUUCCCCCCACUCUUCUCCUCAAGGGUCACCUUCCCCCCGGACGUCCGUUUCUCCCUGGUUGACAACAGCUCUCUGCGCAUCACAGAGCUGCGUGUGCAGGACGAAGGCAACUACACUUGCAAGGAAGUGCUGAACAAGACGGACCAUGAGCACAAGGUCCGGCUCGUGGUAGCCAAGCCGGUGAAUAUCGUUGGGGUCGUGGGUGCAGUGGUGGUCCUGUCCCUGCUGGCUGUUCUCACCAUCGCCGGGAUUGUCUUGUACUACAGUCACCUCCUGUGCCUGAGAGGUGCUGCGCUCAGGAAUCAAGACUCGGGUGAUAUCUUAGUGCUGGUGGACUCAGAGGACGAUGAUGAAGGGGAAGAGGAGACCAUGAGCAGCUCCACCAAGCACGAGGCAGUGGUGCUGGUCGACGGGAGCAACGCCCAGGCUGCUUACCUCCACUGCCUGGCGGAAGGUGACGAUGGGGAGCAGCACGGCGGGGUCUCCCUGCAGGAAACGAGAGGAGAAGAGGCGCGAGGCACACAGUUUCCAUCCCUCCGUGCGGAAGCACACGGAGCGCCGGCUGGGCGCCCGGAGUCAGGCUCGCCCCUGUUGCCGUGCGGCUGAGCGCGGGCCGUUCGGUUCCUGCCGCGGGCUGCUUCGCUCCGAGCGUCCCCACUUCCUUCUCCACUCACUCGCCCCUUCCCUAGCUUUCAUUCCGUCCUUCCCAGGCCUUGCUUCUCCAUUUCUUUUCCCCUCUCUUCAUAUUCCUCUUUGUCUCAGGUGUCUUUUUUAACAAGGUGGCACCCGGCGCAGGCAGAGCUCGGGAGGUGGGUCCCAGUAGCCUGCUCAUCAUGAUGCCUGUGAUGGACUCAAAUACCAGCACAGGGUUCUGGCCCAGGCACCACGAGCAGGGCUCAUGAUGGAGAAAAUCACCGUGGGGCCGCAGUGGUCCCGGGAUAACGGAAGAAACAACGGGUGCCCAGGCAAGACAAGGGUGAUGCUGACUCUAGGGAGGCUAAAUUGUUUUUAUUAUAAAUGUUUUCCCCUAGUCUUUCUGGAAUGUUGCUCCGUAUCUAAGUCAGGAGUAAAUGUGUACCUUGCAGCGUU